CUUCCUGGUGACACAUUACAAGCCACCUCAGCCGGAGGAGUCGGCGGCUGGCUGUAGUCGUGGCCGGGUUCUUCCCCUCGUUUCCCUCCCUCUUUUUCGCCGGCGUAUGUUUUGCCGUUCUCUCUUUGGGGCAACUGCCGGUCGCGUAACUGCUUCGCUUCUUCGCUUCCACGCUUUUGCCGCUCCUGCCUCCCUUUCGCCUCGCUUGCUGCUCCUCAUGAAGCCGGUAGUCGUCUUCGUUCUCGGCGGGCCUGGAGCCGGAAAGGGAACCCAGUGUGCCCGCAUUGUGGAGAAAUAUGGUUAUACUCAUCUUUCUGCGGGUGACCUCCUUCGAGAUGAGAGAAAAAGACCAGGCUCUCAGUAUGGAGAACUUAUUGAAAAUUAUAUUAAGGAUGGGAAGAUUGUACCUGUACAAAUAACAAUCAGCUUGUUAAAGAGGGCUAUGGAUGAAACUAUGGCAGCUAACUCUCAGAGGAAUAAAUUCCUAAUUGAUGGAUUUCCCAGAAAUGAAGAUAAUCUUCAGGGCUGGAACAAAACAAUGGAUGAAAAAGCGGAUGUAUCUUUUGUUCUCUUUUUUGACUGUGAUAAUGAGAUAUGUAUUAAUCGUUGUCUUGAAAGAGGAAAGAGCAGCGGCAGAAGUGAUGACAAUAGGGAAAGUUUGGAGAAAAGACUUCAUACAUAUCUAGAGUCUACUAAGCCCAUAAUAGACCUCUAUGAGACAAAGGGCAAAGUUAGGAAAGUGGAUGCCUCCAAAUCUGUUGAUGAAGUUUUUGGAAAAGUGGUGAACAUCUUUGAAAAGGAAGGUUAGCUUUUUCCUUGAACACCCUUCCAAAAUGCUUGAAUCUUGCUUUAAGAGCUGCUACUACUGUCCAUUUUAUAAUAGUAAUGAAAUACGCCUCUUAAAAUAUGUGUGUUUAAAAUAAUUUUUAAAAUUAUUAUUUCAAACAGCAUAUAAAAUAUGAUGGAAGUGGCUCAUUAAAAUAUCGACAUUGAAACUGACUUGAAGUUAGGAAAAUAUCUUAAUUUUAGGAAAAAACUAAUAAUCAAAUAGCAAACACAUUAUUUCUGGAAAGCAUGCUUUUUCCUUGUUGCCAAAAACCAUGUUUUUUAAGAGUCCCACAAACUGAAAUUGUAAAUAUGAAUGAGAGGGCCCAUUUAGUUUCUUGAUAGUUUUGUACCAAAUAUAGGAACUUGUAUGAGGAAGUUUUAUUUUGUACUGCUUAAAAAUAAAUACACAUUUGCUGUUUUCAAGAAGGAAGGUUCAGUUUAAAUAUAGCAUACUUUCUGAUUUCACACUUUUUGCUUAAAGGAUUGUUAGGAAAUGAAAAAGAA